AUGUUCACACCGUCGUCCCUACGAUGCUUCCGCAUCUCCAAGUUCUUAUUUCCCGCGGCUUUCAUUGUCCUUCUCUUAACUGCUUACCUGUUCAAUUUCUCGCCCGGCAUUCGACUCUCCGAGUUGAGGCUAUCAAGUUCGAAAGAUUCGCUAGAGGCGAAGAGCAGGUACAUCCAGGAGGCGGCCGAGUGGGAGAUCGAUGGGCCGUUCAAUGACUCGGCGCUGCGGGACCUUUGUAGCAGUAAGGAAUGGACGCCCUCGCUCACCUUCCGGUGCGACGACUCGUUCGGGGGCGUGGGAAACCUUAGGAACAUGAUCUUGACUUGCAUUCGAUAUGCUAUCGAGGCCGGAGCCACGGGCCUGGUCGUGCCUCAGAUCAAGGAACGGGAUAAGGAUCUCAAAGAGCUCACGGCGGGGAAAACACUUCCCUUCACCUACAUGUUUGACGAAGACUUCUUCAUCACUUCGCUCUCCACCGCUUGCCCUCAGAUGAAGAUUAUCCGCGUAGAGGAUCUCGUGGAGCCGGCAAUCAAGGCAGCCAUCACUCCCAAAGACCUGGGCACCAAGUUCCGGGUAGUGAGGAUCAUGGACUUUCCCUCCGAAUGGCGUGGACUGUUCGAUCAAUGGCUGGUUAAGUAUGGCCACCCUGGAGCCAGCGUGGGAAGCGUACCCAUCCUCGUGACGAUCCGGCCUUCCUGGUUUCAAUGGCCCAUCCUCCACGAUGAUCCGUUGUUCACGGCUACGUUUGGACGCAUUCUCCGCUUCGAGCCUACCUUUCUCAAGCUUGCCGCGACGACUCUCUACGCAUUCAACCAGCAGUACGGGCUGGGAAUCGAGGCACGGAAGACGGGUGUCCCAGACGCCGGCAAGUUCUACGGAGCUCACUUGCGAACCGCCGUCGAUGCUGUUGCUGCUAAAUUCGCGUCCUACGAUGAGCAGAGCAAGGCAUAUCUGGCGGAGUCGAAGAAAAAGAACUUCGAGGUCAUUUAUGUCGCGUCUGGAUCCCCGCCUGACAUUGAGCGAUUCUCAGAAACGGCGGCCACGAUGGGAAUGAACGUGACGACCAAGUCGAAGAUUUUGAGAUCAGACCCGGUCUAUGCGGACACGUUGAAUGCCAUAGAGGCCCUCACCUGGGACCAGCAAGCUCUGAUCGACUACAUGGUGUUAUUGAGAUCGAGCCAUUUUGGAGGAACCUGGGCGAGCAGCUUUUCCUAUAACAUUGUAUUCAAGCGUCAUGUGGCAGUUGAUAACGGACAGUGGACUCACAGCGACCUGGCAUUGAAGACCGGAGUUUCGCGUAGAAGUGAUCCCUUGGAGGAGGGCGAGUGCUACCAUGACCAAGUCAGUACUAUAUUUGGGCGCCCGGGACACGGUCUCUGGUUUGAGAUGAGCAUGUGGCCCUGA